AUGCUUCUGAUGGAGAAGGUGAGAAAAUGGAGGAGAUGGGGGAUCCUGGGAGUAUUAUCAGUCGCAUUACUUGGUUUGCUCUUCUUCUUCCCAACGAAUAAUGGUGCUCCCAAGACGACGGCGCUUUCUGGAAGGCGAGCACCGAGGAGCGUUACUGGUAAUGAGCUCAACUUCAACCAGAUGCUAACACAGCAAACUCAUAACACCGUGGAGCUGAACAUAGGCAUUGUCCGACUCACUUUUUCAAAUCCCGGACGAGAUGUCAUUGGAAUUGAAUACAAGGGAAUAGACAACUUGCUCGAAAUUAAAAACCUCCCAAGCAAUAGAGGUUAUUGGGAUCUUGUAUUGAAAAAUGGCUUGGACAGACUACAAGGAACAACAUUUAAGAUUGUUACAUUGACGGCAGACCAAAUAGAGAUUUCUUUUAAUAAAACUUAUGAUGUUUCCCUCGGUGAUUGGACGCUACCCUUGAAUGUUUACAAAAGGCGAGCACAGAGCAGCGUUAUUAGUAAUGAGCUCAACUUCAACAAGAUAUUAAUCCAUCAAACUCAGAACACGGUGGAGCUGAACAAUGGCAUUGUCCGAGUCAAAUUUUCAAAUCCCGGAGGAGACGUCAUUGGAAUUCAAUUCAAGGGAAUUGACAACGUGCUGGAAACCAAAAACCACGCAAGCAAUAGUGGUUACUGGGAUCUUGUAUGGGAAAAUGGCUUGGACAGACUACAAGGAACAACAUUUAAGAUUGUUACAUCGACGGCAGACCAAAUAGAGAUUUCUUUUAACAAAACUUAUGAUGUUUCCCUCGGUGAUCGUCCGCUACCCUUAAAUGUUGACAAAAGGUACAUAAUGCAGCGUGGUCGCGCUGGGUUCUACGCGUAUGCCAUAUACAAGCGUCUGCAAGGGUGGCCGGCAUUGCGCAUAGGUCAAACAAGACUUGCUUUGAAACUUCGACAAGAUAAAUUUCAGUUCAUGGCUAUAUCAGACGACAGACAGAGAUUCAUGCCAACAACCGAAGAUCGCAGUGGAGACCACGCUCGGACCCUUGCCUAUCGUGAAGCUGUUCUUUUAACUAAUCCAAGCAAUCCCGAGUUUAAAGAAGAGGUGGAUGACAAAUACCAAUACUCCAGUGACGUCAAAGACAUUAAGGUUCACGGUUGGAUUAGCACUGACGAUGCUAUAGGGCUUUGGAUGAUCACACCAAGUACCGAGUUUCGUACAGCGGGGCCAUUCAAGCAGGAACUUACCUCUCAUGUCGGCCCAACGGCCCUCACUGUGUUUCUUAGUGGUCACUACGUCGGGAAAGAUGUUGGGUUGACCUUUGCAGAUGGCGAGGCAUGGAAGAAGGUUUUCCGGCCCGUCUUUGUGUAUCUUAACUCAGACGUUCCAAGCUCCAAUGCGGCCUCCUCUCUCUGGGAAAAUGCAAAAGAAGAGAUGUGUGAAGAAAUAAAGAGUUGGCCAUACAAUUUCACCCAGUCCGAAGACUAUCCUAGCUCCGAUGAACGAGGAUCAGUUACUGGUCUGUUACUAAUACGGGAUUCAUACAUCAACGAGAGCCUAGUUUCAGCAAGUUAUGCUUAUGUGGGAUUGGCCGCAAGCGGAGACGCAGGAUCAUGGCAAACGGAAUGCAAGGGUUAUCAGUUCUGGACUCAAGCUGAGAAUCAAGGUUGUUUCUACAUGAAAGAUGUUCGACCGGGGAACUAUAGCUUGUAUGCAACUGUUCCCGGCUUCAUUGGGGACUACAAGUACGAGUAUGAUAUUACAAUUGAACCAGCAAGUGAAAUUAAGUUAAUUAAUCGUAUAUUUGAACCUCCGAGAAAUGGUCCAACCUUGUGGGAGAUCGGCAUCCCAGAUCGGUCAGCCGCAGAGUUCAACAUACCGGAUCCAUAUCCAAGCCUUGUUAACCGUUUGUUUACCAACAAUUCCGCAAAUAAGUUUAGGCAAGAUGGCUUGUGGGAACGAUACGAAGAUUACUACCCUAACCAUGAUCUCAUCUACACCAUCGGUACCAACAAUUACAGUGAUGAUUGGUUUUAUGCUCAUGUGACAAGGAACAUAAAUGGUACAUAUGAGGCAACGACGUGGCAAAUUGUAUUUCAACUUGAAAACGUUUGGAGCACCGGAAAUUAUACGCUCCAAUUGGCGUUGGCCUCGGCCACCUAUGCCGAACUGCAAGUUAGAUUCAAAAACCAGAACGACCCACCUCAUUUUUCGACAGGGCUAAUAGGGAGGGACAAUGCCAUAGCAAGGCAUGGAAUUCAUGGUUUGUACUGGUUCUUCAGUGUUGAUGUGGCGAGCUAUCGACUACAACAAGGAUACAACACCAUCUAUCUUACACAAUCAAGAAACCGGGGACCUUUUGCAGGGCUUAUGUACGACUACAUCCGACUAGAAGAACCUCCUCCAAAGUGA